GAGCUCUCAAGGCGAGCGAGAAACGCCUCGCGCUAGCUAGUGUAGCAGACGACGAUUGCACUAACUGAGAAAGCCUCGACUUGACAGGCAGACAUCAUGAAGCUUCUCCUUGGAAUAUUCGCAGUUCUAAUUGCUGUAGUGAAUUGUUUGCCUCGGGAUCAAUUCUUCCCUUUUGGAGAAGGUACAACGGACAAGAAGCUGAACAGGAGAAGCAAGAAGCCUCUAACCCUAUCGUUCAGAGAGCCUUUUACAUUUUUGGGAGAGGAGCAAUCCCUACUUUAUAUUGUUCGUGAUGGAUAUGUAAGCUUUUCAUCAGGAGCUCGUGGCAGUAAGAUUGCACCUUUCCAUACCAAGCUCAAGUUAAUAAGAGGUCAAAGCUCUGUCUGGUAUCGGACGACUGUAUCUUCCAACGAAGAAGAUGAGAUCAUUAAUCUUAUCCAGAGGAACUUCAGAAGCCGAGGGUCCACUGAUUUCACCACCUUCAGUCCUUCCUCAUUUGUUAUCGUCACAUGGGAGAACAUGGCAGUCCGUAACAGCGAUCAUGAAGUGAUUGGGACUGUAACUUUCCAGCUCAUCUUGGUAGCUGAUGCGAUGCAUUCCUUUGCCUUCUUCCUCUAUGAUGAAAACAAUGACUACCCUCGUCCUGAUCGUAUUGGUAGCAACAUUGAUGCUGGGUUUACCUCAGGAAAGGCUCAUAAUCAGUGGGAGUUUGAGAUGGUCUAUACCACGGAAGACAACAAGGCUGCUACUCUCUUUGAAGCCAUGAGGGACUCCAACGUUGGUAUGAAUGGGAUGUGGGCAUACAAGAUUGAUGGGCGUAUGGACGGUAACAUCAUCCCUGCAGUGGCCUACGUACCUGUCGAAAGCCUUCCCCAGAAUGACGAACCCCCACAGGAUGCAGUCAACAUCCAACUAGAUAAUACAUUUGAUGUUGUUCUAGACUUUGAGAACCAGUGUACUAGAGAGACAUGCAGUGUGGAUGGACGUUGUGUACCUUACCCUACUGGUCAUUGCUGUGCAUGCAAUGAGGGCUUCAUGGGCAACGGUAUCCACUGUUUGUCCAUCAACGACAAUGGACGUAUGAAUGGUCGUGUGAACGGGACAAUCAAUGGAGUGACCAUUCCCGACGAGGUCUAUCUCCAUACCUUCAUCAUGGGAGGAGGUGGACGCACCUUCACAGCCAUCAGUCCCGUACCCUCAUCCAUAGCUUACUCCAUGCAGAUCCUUCUGCCCAUCGGUGAGCUCAUGGGCUGGAUGUUUGCAGAACCAGCUGCUAAGGGCAUCAAUGGCUUCAUGCAAACAGGUGGAGACCUACUUUACUCUGCCAACAUCAGAUUUGAAAAUGGAGACGAGGUGAGCAUCAUCCAGAGGUAUACCGGUGUGGAUGAGAGUGAGGAAGGUGGUGGUGUUAUCGGAGGCUACGUCACCAUCGAUGGAAACGUACCAAACCUUUCACCGGGUACAUCCGUCUCCGUAGAUAGGCACUCUGAGGUCUACACCAAAUACAGACCAGGAUAUGUGUAUUCCUCUGAGCAGCGCAGCCUGGAUGCUGACGGUCAGACCAUCAGGUUCUCCAUCGAGCAGACCAUUACCUACCAGGAGUGUGAGGCUGAUGAUAUCAACACUGAUGCAUCCCUGACAGCCAUGAGGAUGAACACCACCUAUGCCUACUCCAUCUUUGAGCCUCAGGGAGAUAUCCUUCGAUACGCCAUGAUCACCAACGUAGGACCUGAUAUCGGUGUUCCCACUGAUGCCUGCCAGGAUAACAACUGUGGUACAAAUGCAGAAUGUUUCCCUCAGGCUAACACCUUUACCUGUCGGUGUAGGGCAGGAUACACUGGAAAUGGUUAUACAUGCACAGAGUCACCCAGUGACCCGUGUGACAAUAAUGACUGUGAUCGCAAUGCUAACUGCUACCCUGCUGGAAACAGCUAUACAUGCCAGUGUAACACAGGCUUCAAUGGUGAUGGGCGUGUCUGCGUUGCAGAUCAAGCAUCUGACCCAUGUGACACUAAUGAUUGUUCUCUGUAUGCCUACUGCUACCCUACAAAUGAUGGCCAGAGCUUCUACUGUCAGUGUGCUACAGGCUUCACAGGAGAUGGGCGGAACUGUGAACGAGAACAAAGAGGUAAUGCAUGUGACAACAACAACUGCAGCCCUUAUGCCUAUUGCCGGCCUCGCGGAGACACUGAUUUCACCUGUGAAUGUGCUCCAGGUUAUGUAGGAGAUGGAUACAACUGUGAAGAAGAGAGCCAGGACCCUUGCCUGAACAAUAGAUGUCAUCCCUACGCUGACUGCUCCCCCGUGCCCGGAGGAUACACUUGCUCUUGUCGAUCUGGUUACCAGGGAGAUGGGUACUUGUGUGAAGAAGCAGACCAGCUAGUGAAUUUGUGCUCUGAUUGUGGCAGGGAUGCUGACUGCCUACCAGAGGGGCGGGGCUACAGGUGUAUCUGCCGAGCUGGAUUCAAUGGCGAUGGCCUUACAUGCGAAGAUGUUGAUGAAUGCUUGGAAGGAGCUGACAUUGCCUGUGAUGCUAAUGCUCGAUGCCAGAACAACCGAGGUUCCUAUACCUGUCGCUGUAACGCUGGAUAUAGAGGAGAUGGGUUCACAUGUGAAGCGCUUCCUGAGGCUGAUGGUUCCCUGGUGUUCGGGCAGGGUAUGUCUGUGAUGAACCUGCCCCGUGAUGGUAGCGCAGGAAACAAGGUCUACAUGAAGAGCCGUCAGACAGUGGUGGGACUGGGCUAUGAUUGCCGUCAUGAGUACGUCUAUUGGACUGAUAUCUCUGGCAGGGCUAUCAUGAAGGCAUCGCUGGAUGGCAGGGAUGUCAGUGUGGUCGUCAACACAAGUUUGAGCAGCCCAGAAGGUGUAGCUGUCGAUCAUCUCAGCCGUAAUCUGUACUGGACAGACUCUGGUUUUGAUCGCAUUGAGGUUGCUAAUCUUGACGGAACCAACAGACAUGUGCUAUUUGAUACGGAUCUUGUCAAUCCUAGAGCCAUCGUCAUAGAUCCAGUUGGAGGGUACUUGUAUUGGGUUGAUUGGGACCGUAGCUACCCAAGGAUCGAGGUGUCUGGUAUGGACGGUAGCGGGCGUGCUGUCUUUUUGGAUGAAGAUCUUAUCAUGCCCAAUGGUCUCACUAUCGAUCUGGUCUCACAGCUUCUUUGCUGGGCAGAUGCUGGCACACAGAAGGUUGAGUGCAUGAAUCUUGAUGGUGAUCCACUUUCACGUUACCCAGUGUACCGUCCUGCUCAGUAUCCAUUUGGUCUGGCUUCAUUGGGUAAUAACCUGUAUUGGACAGACUGGCAAACGUCCAACAUCCAAUUCAUCAACAAGAAUGGAGGUGAGGUCCAGUCCCUUGCUCUACCACGGGGAGGCAAUGGAAGGACUUACGGUAUCGCUGCUGUUACACAAUGCACUGAUGGUAACAAUCGUUGUGCAUAUGAGAAUGGCGGAUGCAGGAACCUGUGCCUACCAGCCCCAGGGGUUAGAGCUACGUGUGUCUGCCCUAACGCCCUCGCACCCAAUGAUAUCCCCUGCAACUAAAUAUCUCCAUCUAGAUUGUUGCAACACGUGAUCAAGUUCGCUUGGUGCCGCUUGUUGUUCCUUUGCUGUGGAGGUCAUCAGACUCUCGUCUCCAUGGAGAUGCUUUGUCGACUAAUGGUGCCUAGAAAUCUGAUUUUCUCUUUUACCAAGAGAAAAUUCUGUUCUGUCAAUCUUGUAUAAUAGCUAUGUAGAAUGUUAGUUUGUGUUGUGUAACUUGAAUGUAUAUUGGCUCUUUUCUUCAUGCAUUUAAUCUUCAGGUAUGUCCAUUGUGUAUAUUUUAGCCUUCAGUUUUAUAUCACUGGUGCCUUUUUAAUCUUUGUCAAAAAUAUCCUACUUGCAAUUGAAAUGCUGCUAGUGAAACAUUGUUAAAGCUCUUCUUCUUCUUGUGUUAAAUUGCUGUGACAAAAAAACAAACGUAUUGAAUAAGUCACAGCCUUAGUCACAGUAAGUGCCUUCAAAGAUCAGAAGCUUACCUCAAUAGACAGACAUGCUUUCAUACAGUACUUAACAAUUACUAUGCAACUUUUUUUUAACCUAUCGUACAUUGAGCUGAUGUUGAUUCUUAUGAAGUAUUUUAGACAAUAUGAACAGCAAUCUUAUCUAGUAGGUAAGUUAUGCUUGUCUGUGCUACAGAAACUGAUGCAGCCUCUCGUUUUUACAAUACUAACAUUUAGAUUGGGAAUUUUUAUGCAAUUAACAUCAAAGUGUAAAAGAACAGUAAUGCUACAUACAGACUGCCUUCAGCGUCAUAAUAGUAUCAGAUAUAUAUAUAUAUAUAUAUAUAUAUAAGCAUGACAAGAACAUAACAUGUUAAGAACAGUUUGUUUAGAGAUUCACAAUGAAUGCUAAUAAUGGUCUGUAUUUUACUUUUUGUAUUGGUUUACAAUCAAGCUUUUGAUAAUUAUAUGACCAAUAGCUUCAAUUGAUAUUUUUUUAGAGCUGUAAUAAAAUCAAGAUAUCAGAGAAAUCGAGUGGCAAAUUUUACUUAUUCAUCAUGUCUAGCAAGUGAAAUUCUUGCCUACAGAGAUAGAAACCAGGCCCUUAGUAUGUAAUAGCAUUGAAAUAUCUUUCAAAUCCCUGUCUUUCUUCUGACUGUAGAGUGUAAUUGUAAGUCUUUCACAUUUUUAAUAAGCUCUCUAUUUAUAGCCACACAUAUACAGCAUGUUUAUUGAUUUUAAAGUGGGGUUGGUUUAACAACUUUAUGUAAUCCAAUUUAUCAUGUAUCAAAAUGUGAACCAUACAUAAAAGUAUAUUCAUUCAGUUAUUUACUUUGAUGGUAUUCACCCUGUAUUUGCAGUUAAAAUUUUUAGUGUUAUUUUUUUUUAUUCAGCUUUGUAUUUCAAUCUCUUCUAGUUUUAUACAUUAUACUGAUUUGGCCACUAUUCAAACUUUUAUUUCAAGUUGACUCUCACAUUUUAAUGUAAUAUAAACAGUAAGUGCUGGCUGUGAAAUAAAGUAUUUUUACAUGAACAAUGUUAUGUGGCCCUGUGUAAAGCCAUACUUGUAUGUUAAGCACCAAGAAACAAUAGUUCACCCCAACGUUAAUAGUAAUAUAUCGUGAAGUCAGAAUCAGUAAUGAAUUUGUAAUUCUCAAAUUUCUAUUGAUGUUCUCACUUUUGUUCUUACUUCUAUUUGCGACCAAUACACAUAAUGCCAACAAGUAUUAACACAUACUGCAUUUUUAUCUUUUAGUAGUGUAUGUGAACAAUUUGAGAAAUACAUUGUCAAUAAAAUGAAACACAUCCAUUUAGGUGCUAUUUGAAACAA